UAGUCCCGACCGGCCCCGAUCAGCACUGGGAGCGGACAGCUCCAACUCUGCACAGGGAACACUCAGCUCGGCCCGAUCAGCACCGAAAGGCGGACAGCUCCCGCUACUCCAGACCGCGACUGGACGCCUGUUUCCGGGGUCCGCAGACCCCAGCCCUGCCGGUCGGCUUCCCGGGCGGUCUCGCGGCUCCUGGGCCCGCACCCCCUCAGCCAGACUCCCCCACAAGCCGCGCCGCGCCUCCUCGAGCCGCCAGCCUUUCCCGGGAAGAUGGCGGAUCGCGCCGAGAUGUUCUCUCUCUCCACCUUCCACUCGCUGUCGCCGCCCGGCUGCAGGCCUCCCCAGGACAUAAGCCUGGAAGAAUUUGAUGAUGAAGACUUGUCUGAGAUCACUGAUGACUGUGGCCUGGGCCUCAGCUAUGACUCGGACCACUGUGAGAAGGACAGCCUUUCCUUGGGACGCUCAGAGCAGCCGCACCCCAUCUGCUCCUUCCAAGAUGACUUCCAGGAGUUUGAGAUGAUUGAUGACAAUGAAGAAGAAGAGGAGGACGAAGAGGAAGACGAGGAAGAGGACGAGGAGGAAGAGGAAGAAGAGGAGGGAGAUGGGGAGGGCAAGGAGGGAGGAGGCCCUGAUUCAGAGAUACUUGCAGGGGAGCCCCUUAUUCCCUCUCCUUCCCUGGAGGAGCCCCACAAGCACCGACCCACCACACUCCACCUGACUACUUUGGGUACCCAGGACUCCCUGAACAACAAUGGAGGCUUUGCCCCUGCACCCGGAGCCUCCUGGCCCCAGACUGCACUUUGCUCACCGGGCUUGGAGCCCCGCAGAGAGCACCCUGGUCCCCUCCUGCCCGUGGAAGAGGCAGUCCCUGAGGCACAGGCCCUGCCCCUGGGUUGUGACUGUGAGGGGAACUCUGCACCUGUGCCCGGCGGGGCCUCCCCGACCUCAGAUCCCGGGAUCGAGGCCGACUUGAGGAGCCGCUCCAGUGGAGGCCCCAGUGGCAGGCGAAGCAGCCAGGAGCUGUCAUCUCCAGGCUCAGAUUCAGAGGACGCAGGCGCACGCCUGGGUCGCAUGAUCUCGUCCAUCUCGGAGACUGAGCUGGAGCUGAGUAGCGAUGGUGGCAGCAGCAGCAGCGGCCGCUCCUCGCACCUCACCAACUCCAUCGAGGAGGCCUCAUCGCCUGCCUCUGAACCUGAGCCUGAGCCUGAGCCUGAGCCCCCACGCCGCCCAGCCUUCCUGCCUGUGGGCCCCGAUGAUACCAACAGUGAGUACGAGUCCGGGUCGGAGUCUGAGCCCGACCUCAGCGAGGACGCUGACUCACCCUGGCUGCUCAGCAACCUGGUGAGCCGCAUGAUCUCCGAGGGCUCCUCGCCCAUCCGCUGCCCCGGCCAGUGCCUGUCCCCGGCCCCACGCCUGCCUCCAGACCCGGAGUCGCCACCAGCCACACACUCACAGGACCCUGAGGCACCCACAGGGCCUGGCGUGGAGCUGGUGGACAUGGAGACGUUGUGUGCGCCACCACCGCCUGCACCCGCCACCCCGCGGCCUGGGCCUGCACAGCCUGGGCCAUGCCUAUUCCUUAGCAACCCCACCUGCGACACCAUCACGCCACUGUGGGCAGCCCCUGGCCGCCCCACGCACCCUGGCCGUGCCUGCUCGGCUGCCUGCUCGGAGGAGGAGGAUGAGGAGGAAGAGGAUGAGGUGGAGGACAGUGUGGGUCCCCCAGGGGGCCGGGGCCCGGGCUCCACUGUGCCCCUGGAUGCUUCCUUGGUGUAUGAUGCAGUCAAGUAUACACUGGUGGUGGACGAGCACACACAGCUGGAGCUGGUGAGCCUGCGACGGUGUGCCGGCCUGGGAGAGGACAGUGAGGACAGCAGCGGGGAGGCCAGCGAGGAGGAAGGUGGCGUCGGAAUGCUGGGCAGUGAACAGGGCCCAGCAGAUGCAUCUCCCGACAGCCCUGACCUCACCUUCUCCAAGAAGUUUCUCAAUGUGUUUGUCAACAGCACCUCCCGAUCCUCCAGCACAGAAUCCUUUGGUCUUUUUUCCUGUCUGGUCAAUGGGGAGGAGAGAGAGCAGACCCACCGGGCAGUCUUCAGGUUCAUCCCUCGACAUCCAGAUGAGCUAGAGCUAGAUGUGGAUGAUCCAGUGCUGGUGGAAGCUGAAGAGGAUGACUUCUGGUUUCGUGGCUUCAACAUGCGCACUGGGGAGCGUGGUGUGUUCCCAGCCUUCUAUGCCCACGCAGUGCCUGGCCCUGCCAAGGAUCUGCUAGGGAGCAAGCGGAGCCCCUGCUGGGUAGAACGAUUUGAUGUGCAGUUCCUGGGCUCUGUGGAAGUACCCUGUCACCAGGGCAAUGGCAUCUUGUGUGCAGCCAUGCAGAAGAUUGCCACUGCCCGGAAACUGACUGUCCACCUGCGCCCUCCUGCCUCCUGUGACCUUGAAAUCUCUCUUCGAGGUGUCAAGCUGAGUCUGAGUGGAGGGCCUGAGUUCCAGCGCUGUAGCCACUUCUUCCAGAUGAAGAACAUUUCCUUCUGUGGCUGUCACCCUCGCAACAGCUGCUACUUCGGCUUCAUUACCAAACAUCCUCUGCUGAGCCGCUUCGCCUGCCAUGUCUUCGUGUCUCAGGAGUCCAUGAGGCCGGUGGCGCAGAGCGUGGGCCGUGCCUUCCUGGAGUACUACCAGGAGCACCUGGCAUACGCUUGCCCCACAGAGGACAUCUACCUGGAGUAGCCACCUGCAUCCUCAGCUCCCCCCUCACUGCUCCAGGGCAGCUGCAGCUGCGGUGUCUUGAGGCCACCAUGGCUUGGCAAGGACUGGACUGGGGACAUGUGGGGCCCCACAUCUGUGGGCGUCUCCAAGCUGAGAAAUCUCAUCUUCAAUCCCCAGAGCAUGGCUGUGGGGGCCACAGAGGGUGGAGCCCCUGGUGCCUCCCACUUCUCCUCAGUGCAUCCUUUCUGUGUCCUCUAUCCUGACCUUCAACUUUCCCUUUCCUUCCUCUGUCUUUGCCCUUUUCUGUGCCUGCAGACCUCACCCUUUGCUCUCUAUCUUGGGGUCAGAACUUGGGGGGGUGUGGAGGAAGGUGAGGCUCGAGGUGACCCAUUAUGCAAGCUCCCCAGUAACCCCCCCUGUAUCCUUUCCCUGUAAUUUAUAAAGGAAUUUUAAUUUUUAUAGUGAAUCUCAAGGGAUCAUCCCAUCCUUGACCACAGGAAUAGAGAGGAACCAACCCUACAGGGAGCUGGGGGAAACAGGGAGCAAUUCCUGAGAGCCUUGGGGUGAUUAGGAGUGGUUCUUGAUGUCCAUCAAAACCCCCAUGCUUCUAGGAGGAAGGAGUCCCACUGGGUGCCACCCAGCAUCAUCUGCUUUGCCGCUAACACCCCCGCAGUACAGGAAAAUCUGCCCAUGUGGGCACGCUGUGUACAUGGGCCCUUCGUGUGGCCUCAAUAAACUCUGCUUGGUGUGA